AACUGGCAAUAGAAGUUUGACUGCAGACAGAUAAUUAAUCAAUGGCAACACUGGCCCCAGCCUUGUAAUAUGGCCGCUACAGGCAAGAAGACCAAAAAGCCAAAAUGGGUCAAAGCCAACAUCACAGACAUUAUUGCCGAGCCCACUACAAUUGCUACAUCAAACAGCUGGGCCGAUCCAGCCGAUGAAGAACCAAGCUAUGGCCACUCCGGGUCCCGCACCCGCACGCAGGUGGUGCUACCGUCAGCUUCCCGCGCCGCCCGCGGAGGGCUCGCGGUCGACGAUGAGAGCAUCCCAAAGCGUCCACCUUACAUCGCUCAUAUAUCAAAUCUGCCAUAUGAUGUCGAUGAUAGCGCCAUUUCUGACCUGUUUGCUGGACUUAAGAUUUCUAACCUGAGACUGCCAAGAGAGGGAGACCGAUUAAAAGGUUUUGGUUAUGUAGAUUUUGAAGACAGGGAGAGUCUUGUCAAUGCCAUGAACAUAUCUGACCUUACAAUAGGAGGCAGAAGGAUAAGAAUAGAAGUUUACACAAAGGAAAAUGAUCGCCGCGGCAUGGGCAGGAGCGGCCGCUCCGAUCGCGACAGAGACUAUGAUCCGGAACGCACGAUGGGCGACUGGCGGUCGGGGCCACGCGCCGUGCCGGAGCCGUCGCGGGCGCGCCCGCCUGACCGUGAUAACCGUGACCGUGACCGCGACCGUGAACGUGACCGUGAGAGGGACUCGAGUGUGGACAACAAGCCGGGCGCGUGGCGCGACGCCGAGCGGCCCGCGGAGCCGCCGCGCACGCCCUACGGCGGCCGGGACUCGUACGGCAGGGACCGGUAUGCGGAUAGAGAGCAGCGAGGUUACGGACGCGAUGGUGAAAGGAGCGGUUACGGCGGCCGAGACGGAUUCCGGACCGCUGAAAGAGAAGGCGGCUUUAGCCGUGACAGCAGAGGGUUCGGAAGUAGAGGAUUCGGAGAUCGGGAUCGAGACAGAGAUCCGCCUAAAGAAGCGGAGAAGCCCCGCGAGCGGCCGAAGCUGAACCUGCUGCCGCGCACCGUGCCGCGCGAGCCCGAGCCCGCCGCCGACGAGCGCGCGCCCAAGGCCGCGCCCGCCGUCUUCGGCGGCGCCAAGCCCGUCGACACCGCCGCCAAGGAACGUGAAAUAGAAGAACGCCUUAGGAAACAGGAAGAAGAAUCACGUCGAGCUGCUGAUGAGAAGUCGCGCUGGGGACGAAAGAAUGAUCACUCUGGAGACCGUCGCUCUGCACCUAGACGUGCAGACGAACGUCCGCGCGACACGCGUAGCUACAACCGCGAGCGCCGCGACUACUCAAAGGACGAUAAGGAUUCGCGCGACUAUUCGAGGGACUCGCGCGACAAGCGCGACUACUCGCGUGAUAAGGAGUACAGGGACGAGCGGGACGGACGCGAGCACAGCGGCGACCGUGCGCCCAGCCGCGACCGCUCGCCGGAGCGGCCGGAGCGCGACUGCGGCCGGGAGAGUGGCGGCGAGGGCGAGGGGGAGGGGGAGAGGAACGGCCGCCCGUCCCGCUCGCGCGACCGACGCGACAGCGCCGACGACAAGCCGCUGCCCAAGCUGAAGGAACAGGAGAAACCGAACUUCAUAGCAUCAAACAAAUUUAGCUUCUUAGAAGACGCGGACGACGGCGGCUCAGAUUAAGUUCGUCGGUCUGUGUGUCUCAUGUGACUCAGUGCUCAGUGUAAAUUCACGAGUGACGCCGUAUGCGGCGCUAUACAAGCGUUAGCAUACGGUUUACGUGUAUAUUAGGGUUUGCUACAUGCACAUUAUGCCUCGAGGUCAGCCCCAGCCUUUAUUGUAUGCGCAAACUGUGUUUAUAAUCCCGAAAAUCCUUGGGACAUUUGAGAUCAUUUCUGUAAAAUUUGUUUACAAAUGUAAUAACAUAAUGAAACAUUCUAAUUCUCGUUAUUCCAGUAUUGUAUAAGAGCAAAUAGUCGGCGAUGAAAUAUAUGAAGACAGUUUGUGGAGGGGUACAGUAGAGGCUGGGGCGAUGACCGCGAAAUUAUUGAUGUAAAUUUUCUAUGGGUUUGUUACAUUUAUAAUGCUGUGUAAACGGUUACCUAGUUUAACUGUGUGGAGCAAAAAAUGCUGAUUCCUAAUUGAUGAACUGAUUGUCUUCACGGGUGCUCCCUCUCCUCUCUGUGUAUAAUUGUAAACUGAUAUUAUCCAAGAACAUUGUUAAAGUGUUACUCUUUCGUAAUUUUGCUGCAAUGAUGCAACGCUACCAAUAGGGAAUCUUAUUUUUUCUUUAUUUUAGAUUUGUCUAUACUAUAUUUAGUCGAUUUAGAUUAUUAUUAGAAUGUUAAUUGUAUUAUUUAUCUUUACACUCGAAAUUUGUUGAAAUCAAUGCUGUUGUUUUGGCUCAAUUUCAUUUGCCAUACUGAUGCAUUCUGUGUUUGCAUUCGCAUUCACCAACAAAUCGAAAACCACCAUAUUAUUAUGUUAAGGCUGGUCACAAGAUUUUUCGUACUGAUCCUAUGGUGUCUGAAGAAAUAUUAU